CUUGAUAAAUAUUGACUUUGACAUUCGAUUCUCAAAACAAUUCCUAUUUUGAUUUUACAAUACGAUGAAAAAUACGUAGAAAAUUAUUAGUGUGCAUAUAGUAUCUUUAAUAUUAGGGGAAGAAAAAGGAAAAAUACUCGCCAAAAUGAGGUCCCUCGGAAUAUCUCUUCUUAGCUUGACGCUGACUGUGAUUGUUAUUGCAAAUGCAUAUUAUCAAAAAAAACAAUUUUAUCCUUCUGUUGUGUAUAUAACUAAGUCAAAUCCUAGUAUGGCUGUAAUUUAUGUCCAAGCUUUCAUAUGUGUACUUAUUGCUGGAAAAAUCAUAAGAAAGAUAUUUUUUGGACAGUUACGAACAGCAGAAUUCGAACAUUUGAUGGAACGCUCUUGGUAUGCAAUAACAGAGACAUGUCUAGCUUUUACUGUUUUCAGAGACGAUUUUAAUCCAAAAUUUGUCGCUCUUUUCACUUUAUUAUUAUUCUUGAAAAGUUUCCACUGGCUCGCUGAGGAUAGAGUGGACUAUAUGGAAAGGAGCCCAAUUAUAAGUUGGUUGUUUCACAUAAGGGUGCUAUCUCUCUUACUUCUGUUAGGGUCAUUAGAUCUCCAUUUCAUUCGCCAUGCGUAUUUAUCUACUGUAUCAAAGGGAGCAUCUGUUCAGUUAGUGUUUGGUUUUGAAUAUGCCAUACUACUUACUAUAGUUCUUAACAUAGCCAUAAAGUAUGCUUUGCAUUCUGUGGAUUUGAAUAGUGAAGCUCCAUGGGAUAAUAAGGCAGUAUUUUUGUUAUAUACGGAAUUGGUUAUGGGUUUUAUCAAAGUUCUAUUAUACGUUGCUUUUGUCGCCAUUAUGGUCAGGAUUUAUACUCUACCAUUAUUUGCAUUCAGACCAAUGUAUUACACUUUGAGAAAUUUCAAAAAGGCUCUUAGUGAUGUUAUUCUCUCACGUCGUGCUAUUCAUAACAUGAAUACUUUAUAUCCUGAUGCCACCUCAGAAGAAUUGGAAGCUGCAGAUAACGUUUGCAUUAUAUGUAGAGAAGAAAUGACAACAGCAUCCAAAAAACUGCCAUGCAAUCAUAUUUUCCACACAUCUUGUCUUAGAUCUUGGUUCCAAAGGCAACAAACCUGUCCUACCUGUCGUUUGAACAUUUUGCGAAGUCCAAAUAAUGAGAGACCAGAACCAAGACCAAGGCCUAUGCCCGCAAAUCAACCUAAUCAAUUUUUCAACGCAUUCGCUGGACCAAAUCCGUUUCAAAUUUUCAAUCCAAAUCAAAAUGCUGGUCCAAAUCCAUUUCAAUUAUUUAAUCAAAACCAGAACGCCCAAAAUGCAGCUCCUAACCCAGUGACUCCGCCUUCAAAUGGCCUACCUCCAAAUGUUACCCCCACUAUCAAUAUUCCUUCAUUUCCUCUACCACCCUUUCCCAUUUUUCCAUUUAUGGCCCCACCCCCUAUGCCACCUCAAAACCUACAGAAUUUGAGCGAUGAAGAACUCAGACAGAUGGAAGGAAAUGAAAGGGCUAAUGUUGAGGCUAGGAUUCAGUGCCUGAGGAAUAUUCAGGUUAUGUUGGACGCAGCAGUAGUUAUGAUGCAACAAUAUACAGCCGCUGCAACGCUUUCAGGUGUUUUUCCACAACCCAACAGACCAGAUGCAGCUGUUAACCUUGCUACACCCAACCCAACAUCAACUCCUUCUGCAGAAAAUUUAACAAGUAGUUCUCCAAAACCAUCAACAAGUAGAGAAAACAUUGAGGUGAUCUCUCCUGAGACUGAAACCUCUUCAACACCUAAUUCUGAUGAAAAACAAAGAGUGUUGGAAGUGAAAACUAAUUUGAAUAUAGAAACAAAUUCAAAAACAAAUGCCCCUUCCUCUUCUGUCACUGAUGAAGUAAACACAUCUUUGACUUCAGAUGACGAAAUUAGACAAAGAAGGCUGAAAAAGUUCCAACAAACAUUAAACCAGCAAGAUUAAUAUUUUCAAUGAUAUUUUGGAUGAAUUUUUAUGGAUACUGGGAUAUCUCAAGGGCAGAAAGCAAGAACUUCAAUUGAUUAUGAUGAAAUGUUUGUUCCUUUAAUGGAGUAUAUUCUUUAAAAAGAAUUAGGGUGGCUCAAUGAAAACUUGAAAACGAAGUUUUAGGCGAUAAAUUGAGACUUUGACUUUUCCUAUAUCUACAGUAUUAUCACCAAAAUGCUUCAUAUCAAGUUAACAUUUGGUUAGCCUUUGUAACAAUGUUUUUGUUUCCCGUUUUCAUAAUUUAUGCCCAGAUCUUCCGCCAAUUCAUUCAGAACAAAAAGAGAAGCAUUAAAUAUCAUUUAUUUCUGAAAUAUAGUCCAAUUGUUGUAAAAGUAUGGGGCUAUAAUACUGUUACAACGUGCUAGUAAAAAAACUGUAUUAGUGGACAUUAUCAGAGAGAGGAACAGAAAUCGGUGGAAGUUUAAGUGCACAAAAUAAAAAGGUUUUUUAUGAACUUUUUCACAAUAAGUGUCUGUAGCAAGUGUUAUACAUUGCGAGAAGCUUUGAAUUGAUUAGCAAAAUUGAUGAGCAAUAUGAAAGUCUAUAGAAUUAGAAUUUGGAUUGUUGAACCUGUGAUGGCUUAACAAUCUAUUGCCUUGUUCACAUAACACUUAUUUUAUAAAAGAACAUUUCAUAAACAAUCACUUUUUUUAUUCUAUCAACUUUGAGCAAUUACAGAGUAUCCUUUGAUCUGCUGCAGUUUACUAAAAUUUGUUCUGUAUGUAUGUAACAGUAUUAUAUCUUCAAAAUAGGUUUUAUAAUAAAAAUGUUUAUAGUUUAUCUGCACUGGAGAAUGUUCAGAGUUGGUUACUGUUUAUUUCAAAGGCAUCUUCAUACCACCAUGGUACAGGUACAUAGAGUGGUGGUUUGAUAAUUGGAAAAUCAGAAAGGAAGUUUGGUAUCAUUGAAAUUAAAUCUUGAAGUUCCUUCUUUACUUCAUAAAUAAAUAUCAACUUUCGUUUCAAAACACAUUAGUCAUUCCUUGUUUUUAAUUAUAUAUUAAUGAAUUAAUUUUCCCAAAAAAACGGUGAAGCCAUUGUGGGGAUCGAACUGAUUUUAUAUUUAUGCAAUCAAAUGUUAUCGGUUAUUUUCAAAACUUCGGCGCAAAUGUUGAUUUUUAUUUCAUAUAAUUUAUUGUUGCUAUUUAUGGUCUCACCACUUCUUGGUUUUGGAAACAUGUACAUUACUCAAUUUGCGACUUGUAAAUAAAUAUAAAGAUUUAUAAAGUA